AUGAGGAGGGCAGGCCUCACCCUGCACCAGCUGCGCCUCAAGAACCCCGGGCAGGGCAAGGACUGGACGGCCGCGGCCAUCUGGGCGCACGUGAAGACCAUGGACAAGGUUUUCAAAUCUCGCGGCAUGGAGUCCCCCAUCGUCUACAUCCACAACCACGACUUCAACGGCAUGGGCGGGCACACCGGAGCCGAGCUGCUCGGCAUGGCGCAGAAGGAGGGCUUCAACACGCUGGUCAUCGACGCGGCGUACCGCAAGAACGGCACGCAUAACGACACACGGUUCUGA